UCCUACAUUAUAUGUAAAAAACACAAAAUUCUACCGUCUGGUUUUUAGUGGGGACCAUCUCAAAAUAUUAAAAUGCACCAAAUUUUGCUAUAUAUUUGGAUCAUCACGAAUGAUGAUUGGUAUAAUGGAUUCAUUCCAAAAAUGAAGAAAAUGUUCUCGAGGAUAGCAUCAUUCUGUAUAUAAAAUUUCAACAGCGUACAAUUUUUACUUUUUCUUUUAUGUUAUUUCUUAUAACGUACUCCUACAAAGCUUCAUUUUAUCAUAACGUCAUAAAAGCGCAAUGGCAAUGCUCCCCUACCGCACAACGUAAAAAUCGUGUUAAAAAUAAAAAUUUCCUUUAACAAUCUAAAUUAUUUUAUCUGUAUUUUGUUUAUUGUGUUCAAUUUUAUAAAUGAUAUCGAAAAAAAUUCAUAAGAAGUAUAAAUCAACUGUAUUAUAUUAGAAUGCGCAAAAACAUGCGCAAUGCAAACUAAAGUCGGCCUCCUUAAGUUAAAAACAAACUUAACAGAGAAAACGGUACACGUGAAUUCAAAAUAUAAGCUACUUGUACAAAGAGUAGAGUUGGACAAACGUACAACAAGUGUUGAGAUUUCUGCACAAGGGCAAGGAUUCGUUUUAGUAGAUACCAGUGUGAAAUACAAUGUAAUGAAAAGUGGGGACUCGACAUUUGAAAUCAACACAACAUUAUCUUCCUCCAAACAAACAUUGGACACGAUCACAGUUAAUGUUUGUAUAAGGAGGAAAGAUGACAAAGACAAUGGGAUGGUAGUUGCUGAGGUAGGGCUUCCGUGUGGAUUUAAAGCUGAUCUGUCGAAAACCAACGCAAUUGGACUUGAUCACAAAGAAACAUCUUCAGACAAAGUGGUGCUUUAUUUCAAAAAUCUGAAGAGGAACUGGGUGUGUUUUGACGUGACAGGUAACCGUGUGGACAGUGUCACUGAGUCACAGGGAGUACCCAUCAUUGUGUACGACUAUUACGAGCCAGGGAACUACGGGAUUGCAAGCUACAUGACGGGAUUGUUGCAGGAGAUGAACAUCUGUCAAGUGUGUCCAAAGUGCAAGAUUUGCAAAAACACUGUCCUUGGUUAAGGCUAAAAGUGGACACCAUAUUUAUAUGAACAGUGUUUAAUGGCCAACUUAUCUAAAAAUAAAAUAUUUUUAUCUAC